GGAAGAAUUUGAAGAUUGGUGCAAGCCGUGGAAAAAUGCUCUUAUUGUGAAAUUGCUGGGCAAAAGGGUUGGUUUAGCCUUCAUGGAACAACGUCUGAAGAGGGACUGGGUAAGAAAUGGUACUAUCAAUGUUAUUGAUAUGGACCGUGACUACUUUCUUGUUCACUUUUCAGAUGACGAGGACUACUCUCAUGCGCUUAUGGAAGGACCAUGGAUGAUUGCGGGUCACUAUCUCAUCGUCUAAAGAUGGAGACCUUUUUUCCUCACAUCAGAAGAUAUUGUUCGAAGGAUUGCUGUUUGGAUUCGCAUACCUAACUUGCCCAUUGAGCUUUAUAAUCAACGCUUCCUGUGGAGGGUGGGAUCAGCCAUUGGUCAUAUGCUCAAAAUCGAUCGUACGACUUCUAUACAUUCAAGAGAAAAAAUCGCUAGAAUAUGUGUGGAAAUUGAUCUGGCUAAAAAAUUGGUGCCUCGAAUCUCUGUGUUGGGUAGUGAACUAAAUAUUGAGUAUGAAGGGUUACAUCAAAUCUGCUUCGCUUGUGGAAAAUAUGGACAUCGACUUGACUCUUGCUACGAAAAUCUUGGAGGACAAAUGCCGUCACAACCGGCAAACCCAGGUGGCGGUGAGACGACCGGGAGAGGAGCUACUGUUGACGGUGAGGAAGACCAAAAUGGAAACAAUAAUCCAGGAAUUAAUGCACAGGAGCCCAGUGUUAAAGACUCUCUGGAUUUUGGCCCAUGGAUGCUAGUUAAAAAGCCAAUUAGAAGGAAAAAAGAUAUUUCCUUUCCUAAAAAGAAAGGAGCUCAUUAUGAUUAUGAUUCCAAUUCUAAUAUAGAAAGGGAAACUAAUCAGGAAGCCAUUUAUUUGGAAGCGGGGUCACGCUUCAAUGCCCUUUAUGAGGAAGGAAAUUUAUCUCAUGAAAACCCAAAUGGAAAAAAGGAAAAUGGACUUAAGGAGAAUGGACCUUUAUUUGUUAAGGCCCAAGGUGGGUUAGACAAAGAACAAGCAUUGAGAAAAAGAUCCCUUAAGGUUAAUAAUUCAAAAAACCAAGCUAGUCACAAGAAUGGCCCAAAUGCCAAAAUAGGAGUUACAAGGAAUGAGAAAUCUAUUCUUCCUAAAGUCCAGAAUCAGGGAAAACAAGUAGCCAUUCACGAUGAAGCCAUCGAAGCCCCCUCUCCCCAGGGAUCAAAGUGCAGGGACCCAGAAGUAGAAGCUAUGGAAUUAGUAAUGCUUGAGAGCAUGCGUUGCCUUCAGCAAGAGCAAACGGAGGCAUAUCUAGCAAUGAAGGAGCCCGGUAAGUCCAUUGAUCGGAACCUUGUAAGAACUGAUCUCCCCAAGUGCAGAAUGACCGAAAGUUCCACACCUAGUGGCGUCAUGAUGGAGCAAACCACGAUUAGCCAGCCGAGCAAACCACCUGAUGGGCAGGUGAUUAUUUUACCAACAGUCAAAAAUAAAGAGGGGAGCUUAUCCCGGAACCGGAUUGGCCUGAAGCAAAAGGCGAAUUCCCAGAGAUGUUUUCCAGUUACCGGAUCACAGUUGCCUUAGCGAAGACGAAAUACCAAGAGUUGGAAUGCGGUCUAAGCAUUUGAAGUUGGCCCAAGAUUUUUAUGCGAUAUACGCAAAGAAAGUCGAUUUCGUAAGUAAGAUACGGAACACAAAUUAUGACAGGAGGACAAAGGAACUGAUUAGUCAAUCUAUUCAUUGUAAUCAGGAGGGUUAUAAUGUAACGGCCUUGGUGUGGUGUUUAUAAAUUGUUACAAGCUGUUUAAUCUAGAUGUUCGAAUCAAUAGGCUAGCGGAUGUUUAUUUCUAUUGGUACCCAAAUGGUUAUUCGGAAUAAUAUGGGUGUAGUGUGUGAUCAGUUACAAGUAUUUUAAUAUGGAUGUUCGAUUCAAGAGGAUAGCGGAUGGUUAUUUUUACUGGUACCCAGAUGGUUAUUCGUAAUAGUCUUGGUGUAGAGUAUGUGAUCAGUUACAAGUAGUAAAGGUUGGAUGUUCGAUUCUAUAGACUAAUAGAUGGUUAUCUCUAUUGUCACCCAAAUUGUUAUUUGUAAUAGUCUUGGUGUAGUGUGUGUAAAUAGUAACA